AAACAAAUUUAAAGCGUCUGACUCAUAAUUGAUGUGCCGUAAAAUUUAAAUACAAUAUAAUCUUUUUUCGUGAAAAUAGUAUUAUUCAAAUAUUAUCAUUAAAACGAAAUCAAAGUUCUUUUGAGUGAGAUCUGACAUAAAUAAUCUGACAUAAACUCUUCUAAAGUUUCAUUAGAAUAUAUCGAGAAGGCACGUUUUCUACUACUACAUGGAAGAGCGCGUGCGCUACUACACAGCGAAGAAAAACGAGGGAGAAUGAAAGAAAGAGAGAAAGAGAGAGCAACGAUGUUCGACAGUGCGGCUCCAGCAUCGGACGCGGCGGCUACACUCCUUCUCUCUUCUACGUCUCAGUUCGGUUCGCAGCCUUGUACAGUGAAGAAAGGGACAUCGUUCAACUUCUACAUUUUUGAGACUUCGUUUGCACGAAGAGAAAAGAAAAUCAUUGACCAGAACGUUCGAAAAGUUAUCGAUCCUGAUGGACCCGUUCACGUUAUUCGACUGUUCUCAUCUUCGAAAAUAAAGGAAAAAUUUGGCUAAAGUGAAUCGGAAUAAAGGUUACGAGUUUUAAUGGUGUGUAAAACAACGCGAUUUGUACUUUGGUGCAUCCGUGCUGUCGAGUGAUUGAUAUCAAGAAUUGAAAGAGACUGAAGGAUUUAAACGUUAAAAAGGGAAUCAAAAUGUGCGGAAUUUUUUUGAAAUUUUUCCUACUUGUUAUUAUCACGUUUUUCGUGGUACUUGCUGAUCCUGAUCCAUCCGAUGAACUUUAUUCUCGAUGGCCACCGACGAGUCGUGACGAAGACAAGUGUUAUGAUAGUCAAGGAAAACCACAGAGAUGUAUACCACCCUUUGAAAACGCUGCUUUCAAUGUAUUCAUGGAGGCAACAAAUACAUGCGGAGAAGAACGUCCAACAGAAUUUUGCAAACAAACUGGAGUACAAAGAAAAUCUUGUGAAAUUUGUCGAUAUGGCGAUCAUCCAGCCUCUUUUCUUACCGAUCAUGAUAAUAACGACAAUGCGACUUGGUGGCAAUCAGAGACUAUGUUUGAGGGCAUCGAAUAUCCUAAUCAAGUCAACUUGACUCUUCAUUUAGGUAAUAAGACGUUCGAUAUCACAUACGUCAGAGUACUCUUCGAAUCACCUCGUCCAGAAAGUUGGGGUAUAUAUAAAAGGAAAAACGAGCAGUCACCUUGGGAGCCUUAUCAAUUUUAUUCGGCUACCUGCAGAGACACGUACGAGCUACCAGAAUCGAAAGAAACUGUACGUGGUGACGACACAAGAGUACUUUGUACUUCCGAGUAUUCGGACAUUUCGCCAUUAUCAAAAGGGACAGUAGCUUUUUCUACUUUGGAAGGACGUCCUUCAGCGUAUUAUUUCGAAAUGAAUCCAGCAUUACAGGAAUGGGUACAAGCAACUGAUCUAAGGAUCACUUUGGAUAGAUUAAACACUUUCGGUGAUGAAGUAUUUGGCGAUGAUCAGGUUUUAAAAUCUUAUUAUUACGCGAUCGCUGAUGUUGCAGUUGGAGCACGUUGCGCUUGUAAUGGUCAUGCUGGGCAAUGUGUAAACAGUACAAGCGUUGAUGGUAAAACGCGAAGAGUUUGUAGAUGCGAACAUAACACUGCUGGUCCGGAUUGUAACGAAUGUUUACCUUUUUAUAACGAUGCUCCAUGGGGUCGUGCCACGACGACUGAUGCUCAUGAAUGCAAACCUUGUAACUGCAAUGGAUAUUCCGAAAGAUGUUAUUUCGACAAAGAGUUGUAUAAGGCGACUGGUCAUGGUGGUCAUUGUUUAGACUGUAGAGCUAACCGAGAUGGAGCUAACUGUGAAAGAUGUCGGGAGAAUUUUUAUCAACGUCCGGAAGAUAAUUACUGCGUAUCUUGUAACUGCAACGAGAUUGGUUCAAGAAGUUUACAAUGUAACAGCGAAGGCAGAUGUCAAUGCAAGGCGGGUGUAACAGGUGACAAGUGCGAUCGUUGUUCUGCGAAUUUCUACAAUUUUGGAUCUCUUGGUUGUACAUCUUGCGAAUGUAGUUUACCAGGUUCGCAAGCAAAUACACCGAACUGCGAUUCGACUAGUGGAGUUUGCGUGUGUAAAGAAAAUGUUGAGGGAAAACGUUGUCGAGAAUGUCGACCAGGUUUCUUUAAUCUAGCUUUGGAAAAUGAAUUCGGUUGUACUCCAUGUUUCUGUUAUGGCCAUUCAUCGAUAUGUAUGCCUGCAGCUGGUUACUCGAAAGUCGUUAUUGAGAGUAUGUUUGUCCGAGGAAAUGAACGCUGGUCAGCUACCGUAGCUGGAAACCCAAUACCUGUACAUUAUGAUCCUCUAACGCAAACGAUAUACGCUACAGCGUUAGAUCGUGACAAUGUUUACUUCAUUGCACCUGAUAGAUUUUUGGGAGAUCAAAGAGCGUCGUACAAUCAAGAUCUAUCGUUCACUUUAAGGAUAGGAGAGGCAGGUCCUGCCCCAACUGCACACGAUGUAAUAUUGGAAGGUGGAAACGGUGAACAAAUAACGCAACCGAUAUUUGGUCAAAAAAAUCGUAUGCCAACUGUCACGCCACAAGAAUAUAGAUUUAGAUUACACGAGCAUAGCGAAUAUGGUUGGCAACCGAGAUUAUCUGCCAGAGCUUUUAUGUCCAUUCUCUCCAACUUAACCGCUAUAAAGAUACGUGGAACUUACACGCAUCAAGGUAGAGGUUUUCUGGAUGACGUUAAAUUGGAAACUGCACUUCGCGGUGCUGCCGGUGAACCUGCUGAUUGGGUUGAACAUUGUAAUUGUCCUCACGGCUAUGUUGGUCAAUUUUGUGAAUCUUGCGCACCUGGUUUUCAUCAUGAUCCACCAAAUGGUGGUCCUUUUGCUCUUUGCGUUCCAUGUAAUUGUAACGGACAUGCAGAUAUUUGCGAAGCUGAAACGGGUCAAUGUAUUUGUCAACAUAAUACCGCUGGUAGUAAUUGUGAAUUAUGUAGUCGUGGAUAUUAUGGGUAUCCUUUAAAAGGCACUUCCAACGAUUGUAAGCCAUGUCCGUGUCCUGAUAACGGUCCUUGCAUUCUUCUUGGUAAUAAUCCUGAUCCGAUUUGUUCUGAAUGUCCAAUAGGAAGAACAGGACCAAGAUGUGAAACUUGUUCAGAUGGUUACUUCGGUAAUCCCGAAAAGGGAAUAGCUUGUCGACCUUGUGAUUGUAAUAAUAACAUUGAUUUAAAUGCAGUACGAAAUUGUAAUCACGAAACCGGAGAAUGUCUGAAAUGUGUCAAUAACACUGCUGGCUUUCAUUGCGAAGAAUGUCUUUCGGGUUAUUAUGGAGAUGCUUUAUCCGAUAAUAGAGAAGAUGGAUGCAAAUUGUGUCAGUGUUAUCCACCAGGUACAGUUGAACUUGAAGAUGGAAGAGUCGCUCCUUGCGAUCAGCUUGUAGGUCAUUGCCUCUGCAAACCCCAUGUAAUAGGACGUAACUGUGAUAAAUGUGAAGAUGGAUAUUAUCAUAUUUUAAGCGGCGAGGGGUGUACACCUUGUAAUUGCGAUUCUGAGGGAUCUUAUAACCGGACUUGUAAUACUGUUACUGGUCAGUGUCAAUGUAGACCAGGAAUAACUGGUCAACGUUGUGACACUUGUUUACCAUAUCAGUUUGGUUUUAGUAGAGAAGGUUGUAAACCUUGCGAUUGUGACAGAAUUGGAUCUCAAGAUUUACAAUGUGAUGCCAGUGGACAAUGCCUUUGUCUUACAAACGUAGAAGGAAGACGUUGCGAUCGCUGUAAGGAAAAUAAAUAUAAUAGACAAAAUGGUUGCAUCGAUUGUCCUGAUUGCUAUAAUCUAGUUCAAUCUGCAGUCGAUAAACAUAGACAACGUUUAUCAGAAUUAGAGAAUACACUUAAAAAGAUUAAUAGUAGUCCAACUGUCAUAAAAGAUUCUGACUUUGAAAAGGAAUUAAAAAAUGUUCAAAACAAAGUGAAGAAUUUGUUGGAUAUUGCCAAGCAAGAGUCUGGAAGUGGAAAUAAAACGCUCGUUGAGCAACUCGAUGAAUUGCAUAGCCAAUUGACUGAAAUAAGUGUUAUUUCACAAACAGUAAAUAUCACAGCAGCUGAAGCAUAUAAGACUACUACAGAAGGAUUAGCAAAUGUCAAUACAGCAGAGACAGUGUUAGACAAAAUACAUGAUCAAUUGACUGAAGCGGAAGAUUAUUUAGCUACAGACGGAGCAACGGCAUUAGCAGAAGCCAAAUUACGCGCUGAUCAAGUUGGUCAACAGAAUCAACAAAUGACAGCUAUUGCACACGAAGCACGUAUUUUAGCUGAUUUUAAUACCAAUGAAGCUAAGAAAAUUCAUAUGCUGGCUGAACAAGCUCGAAAUACGUCCUUAGAGGCUUAUAAUCUUGCUAAAAAGGCAAUAGCUAAAAAUUCAAACAUGACAGAUGUUUUAAGAGAAUUAGAAAAUAAAUUGGAAACGUUAGAAGAUCGUAUGAAUGAAGUGAAGAAUCUUACAGCAGUUGCAAGUGCAAAGUCAUUUGCAGUUUCUCAGGAAGCAUUAGGUUUAUCUAUAUUAGAUCUUUCUCUUCCUUCCGUAGACGUUGAUUUACUUCAAACUCAAGUAGAUGCUGUCAGUAAUGAAGGAUUACGAUUAAAAGAACAAGCACAAUUAAUAUUAGAACAAAAUGAGAAAUUCAUUAACGAAAUGACGGAAAAAGUAUGGAAGAGUGAACAAUUGUUAGAUAAAGCACAAGAUCAACAAGCAGCUACUGCAGAAUUGCUUGCAGAAUUAGACGGUGCGAAUGAAAAAGCAAAUAAUGCUGUCAAACGUGGUGAUCAAACGUUAAAAGAAGCGCAAGAGACUUUAAAAAAAUUAGGAGAAUUUGACGACGAAGUGCAACGCGAACGUAUCAAAGCCCAAGAUGCAUUGGAAAGUACUGAAAAGAUUGAAAUAAUGAUUCAAACUGCGAUAAAAGAUAUUUUCCAACUUGAGAAGAUAUUAAAUGGAUCUGAAAAUAAUGCAAGAAGUGCACAUGAAAAAGCGCAACAUGCACAGGCAUAUGCAGAGAAAGCUAGUAAAAAUGCAAAUGAUAUUAGAAUACAGGCAAAUAGGACUAAAUUAGAGGCAUUGCGUUUAGGCAAUGAAGCAGAAAUAUUACAUCUUAGAGUUGAUACUACAGAUUCUCUAAUGAAAGAUUAUGAGGUUCAAGUUGGAAAAGAUACGAAUGUUACUACAGAGGCAAACCAUAAAGUUGGACAAGCAAAAAUCAAUGUAGGUUUAACUGCAACGUAUGUUGAUAAAGCAUUAUCAGAUAUAGCUGAAAUCAUAAAAGAACUUGAAGAUCUUCCUGAAUUAGACGAUACACACUUGAAUCAUUUAGAAGAACGUUUAACUGCAGCAGAAAAAGAAAUUAAAGCUGCCAAUUUAGAUCAGAGAAUUAAAGCAUUAACAGAUGCAAAAAAUAUGCAAACGCAAUGGGUUAAAAAUUAUGAAGACGAAGUCAAUAGAUUAAGAAUAGAAGUUGAAAAUAUUGAUGACAUAAGAAAAGCUUUGCCUGCAGAUUGUUUCAAACGUGUACGUUUGGAGCCAUAAUUAUAAUACUUGAAAAGGCACUAGUUAAAUAUACAGAUAAUUUCUGAAGUUUAUUCUAAAAAUGGAUUAUAUACGAUAAAUUUAUCUAUCGUAUUUAAAUGUUUUCUGAAAGAACAACCUUUUAGCUUUUAUAUCAAAAAGGUGCCUUAAUAAAUUCAUACAUGUAGCGUAAUGAAUAAAAUAAUAGAUUUCACGUGUAAUGUCAUAUAAUAUUAUAUGAUAACACGUAAUACUUUAAUAUAUUGCACAUUUAUAAUAGCUGUGAGCUAUUAAGUCGUAUAAUAUCAUUUUAUUUAAUAUGCGCAUUUUUUAAGAAAAAGCUUUUUUAUUUUUUACAUAUUUGCUAUCGUAAGAAGCAAAUAAUUGCAAUAAUAAACAUUACACCAAAGAUUUUUUAUAGUUUAUACAAUAUGACCAACUAUGUAGGAUCUUCAAAUCUUUAAUUUUAUAUAACUUUUGAUUAUAUACAUAAACGUAAUCCGUAAAAUUUUAUAUAUAAAGUAUUCUUAUAUUUGGAGUAAUCCAUAAAAUUUAUCUGAAUUAGGAGAAGUAAUACUAAUAUUUUACAUAAAAAGUGAAAGUUGAGUUGAAUAUGCUACUAUUAAAUAUUAUUUUUUUUCACAAAUUUGACAGUACAUUUUUAUAUAUUAUUUUAAAACGUACAUAUUGGAUAAUAUUAUUUAAUUUUCAAAUCGAAUAUACAUAUCGCAACUUUAUACAACGUAUUUGUGUAUAUUGUGUAUUUUUUCUAUAUAGAAAAUAGAAUAUAAUAGAACAUUUUAUACAAUUGCCAAUUAGUAUAUAAUAUAAGUUGACGUAACGAUGAAAAUAGAAACUUAAAUAAAGAAAGUUUUGCAAUUAAAUGUAAUCAUCGAUUAUAUCCAUUUGUUGA